ACUCUCCAAACACACAACCACAUCCUUACCAACAAACCACCAACAUGGGCAACUGUCUCUGCAGAGCUUCCGAUCCGGAAAAGAACAUCGAUCCCAACCACUUUGUCGGCCCAGUCGUCGAUCACAAGGGAGAAGACGAGGUCCCUGUUUUCACCGUCGCUCCUGUUGAUGAAAUGGUGGAACCCGCUACGGUGACUGUGCAGGAUGAUGAGAUCACGCCUGUCGGGCGUGUGGAAAACAUUUCUGCUGUGCCUAUCAAGGCGCAUGUCUAGUCUAUCCAAGGCGGAUGCUGGAUGGGAGUUUGUUGAUAUCUAUACGGAGGUAGUUGGUAGAUGCAUUGGAACAGGCCAUGGUUCGAGGGUGCGGAUUGACUGUUAUCUGCGAGGAUGAUACCCAAAUGGAAAAGAUGGAAUAGAAAGAACCAAGGUUCCAAAGCGUAAACCGCCAGACCAGAUACCAUAAUAUUACAACUCUCAUAUGCAAACACAUACUACUCAAUGACGAUAUCCUCUCCC